GCCUGUCUGCCAUGUUGUUCAACACAGGGGGCUUUCACCACAUGCCUUCAGGUUGCUUUGUAGUGCUGCUGAUUGGACAUGCGGAGGAAAGAGAGCUUGUACCUGCCAGGUGGAGGUGAACUCUGUUUCAUUAUUGGCUGAGAGGAGUUAAAUGGGAGCGGUGGGACUCCUCCUACUUCCCUGUCUACUCAAAAAGGCACUAGUGGAGGCAGCCGAGGAGUAAAAAAGGAGAAGGAAGUAACACAAGUAGAGGAAUUCUGAGACAGACGAGCGUCAGGGAGUAAAACAGCUGAGACAGUCACAGAGCUGCGUUCCUGGAAAGCUGACAGGCAGAUUGAUCGCUCAGACGUGCAGCAAAACAUGGCCUCCGUCGCUCCCUUCGGCCGCAGACAGUGGGCGUCCCAGUCACUGAGGGUCACCGCCAAAGAGCUGUCCAUUGUCUCCGCACGGGGCAAAAACACCGCCAUCGCCGAGCGCUUCUCCAAGUACCAGAUGGCAGCAGAGGAGGGCAGCGCAGAGAAGAAGAAAGCGGUUGCAGAAGCUCUGCCCUCGACGCUGCGCAGCGGGAAUCUAAGUGUUUUAAAGAAACGCUGGGAGCAACAACAACAACAACAACAACCACCAUCGUCCAGCCACAGAUCUCAGGCCACGCCCUGCAGCUACACCGACCCCACACCUACACCCAGGUCACAGCUCUCCCUGGACCAGGACGCUGAACCGGAGACGCAGGUUCACUCUGAGAUCAGUGAAUCCACCUCCAACCAGCUGCAGUCAGCUCACCCCGAGGAUCUGACCGACAUGGAGGCGAGGCCCGGCAGAGAUCCAGAGGGAAAGGAGGGAACAGCGGCGGCCGAAGUGCCCGAAUGCGAGAAACCAAGCGUCCCCCUCAACAGCCUGAAGAUGAUGUUUGAGAAGGGAGAGAACCUGACCGACAAGGUGUCCAGAGAAAGAGGUAACACUGCCAACAUGGACCAGCUAGGAGAUGGAAGUCUUGCAGAGUCCACUCCUCUCCGGGACAGGAUGGCCCUCUACCAAGCUGCCAUCUCCAAACAGGACGCCUCUCCCACCUCCGUCAACGGAGAUCAGCUGGACAGUUUCUGUGGAAAGCAGAAGGAGAACGUCCCUCCCUGCACUCUGGACAUGAGUCCAGAGCCUGAACCAAACACCAGGAAAGUUUUUACUGCUGAGAGCAACGGCUCAGGUCCUGGCACCCCGGUGUCUUCUAACCAGAAAGACUCUAAUCAGCCCAAGACGCCCAGAAGCUUCCGGCUGCCGGUGAGGGAGACCUGUGUGUCGUGUCUGAAGACGGUUUAUCCUCUGGAGAGGCUGGUGGCCAACCAGCACGUUUACCACAGCUCCUGCUUCCGCUGUUCGCACUGCAACACCAAGCUCAGUUUGGCGAACUACGCCUCCCUGCACAACAACGUCUACUGCAAGCCGCACUUCUGCCAGCUCUUCAAGGCCAAGGGCAACUACGACGAGGGCUUCGGCCACCGACCCCACAAGGAGCUGUGGGAGGGCAAAGCCGAGGGCGGAGAGACCUCGCCGCAGUCCAACACUGAGACCAAACCAAAGAUCCAGAGCCCACCUCGGGCCUCAGACCUGGAGAGCCCCAGCGUGGAGGACUCCCCGCUGGCUAAAGUCAACGUGCUGAUGGCCACCAUGGAGGCUUUGGGACAGGGAUCGUCAGAGAAGGCGGAUAGACCCACCGAGACCCGCCGACUGAAGAUCUCCUGGCCGCCUCGCACCGAGCCGGAGGACGGCCGUGCUGGAGCCACAACAACCACAGAGGGAGGAUCUGCUGGUAAACCCAUCAAAGCCAAGUGGCCCCCAGAGGAGGACUCCCCCUCCUCACCCCCCGAGCAGGCCAGAGAGACCUCCUGCCUGCGCCGGAGCUCCUCCCUGAAGGAGCGCAGCUUGCCCUUCACGCUGGCGGGACAAACUCCUGCUCCCGAGGCCAGAAAACCGAGUCCACCUCCGCCCGCGGACGACCGACAGCUCAGCCCCGAACCCUCGAGCAUGGAGCUGCACCAUGGCGGCGGGUCGUCGGACAGCCAGACACCCACCGAGGACAGCUGUGUGGACGUUCACACCAGCUCAGGAGAGGAGGAGCAGGAGGGGGAGAUGAAGAGCGAGGACACGACAGAUCAUCACCUCACCCAGGAGGAGGAGGAGGAGGAGGAGGAGGAGGAGGAGGAGGAUGUGGCUCCACGAGAACAGCCUGAGCGGGAGGAAGAAGAGGAGAAGAUGGAGGAGGGAGAUGGAGGCGAGGUGGAGGAGAUGCCAACAGAGCUUACGGUCAUCACACCUCCUGAGGAAGAGGUGGAGGCCAGCCGGUCGUACCAGGAUGUGGGAUUCUGGGAAAGCGAGGAGGUGGAUGAUAAAGACGAGGAGCAGCAGACAGCGCUGACGGUGGAGGAAAUGAUCAAACGAAACCGAUACUACGAGGAUGAAGAGGAGGAUGAGGAUGUAUGAUCUGCUCUUGGCCAACAGUCUGACAGCCAUGAACACUUAACAAGACUUCUUGCCAUUCCCUUUUUUUUUUUAGACGUUGUCGUCUUCUUCUCUUCUUAAAAGAAAGUUGCUGAAGUGUCUAGUGUGAACUCUACUGAGAUCUUUACUCGUGCCUCUUUGAACAGUUUAUCAAACUUUUACACCCUUUCCUACUACACAUAGUUUUUACAAGACAGUUGGAGAUUGUGUUGCUCUGACGAAAUGUGUUUUUUAAAGUAUAAUAUUUAAAAUUAAGCCCCAUGUAAUUAAUAUUUUUAGAACAGAAAUGUCCAAAGGUUGUUACACAUAGAAUAGACAGUUUAUUUUUGUGUACAUGACUUUUGUAAUUUUCUAUUUUCAGUGGAUGCCUCGUAAUUUGUUAUGAACACAGACUUCAUGGUCUUAUUUAUACAAAGACGUGGGAAAUUCUUGUCACUUAACAGCCUCUUAAUGGAGUUACAUUUAAAACCCAACAGAACCACUUCCAUCUGAUACCAUCUUUUCCAAAUAGAAUAAAUCUGUCACUUUCUUUUCAGUUGCCAUGUACACAGUUUUCCAUGUUAAUGACUUAUAACUGGAUCUGAAUAUUGUUGUACUGUCGUUUUUAAAACCACGGGACCAAACAUCCUAGACUGCUACUGUUUAAAUAAAUUGUUAUAUACUUAA